AUGAGUUCGACAAUCCCCAACGCUAGAACUUUCGUUGCUCCACUGACUGCUUGCACUUCGUUAGCAGCGAGGGCUGUGGGAAGCUGCAACUGGCUGAAAAGAGGAAAGUCGAUUCAUUCCCGGGUGAGACGUCACGGGCCUGCUGCAUUUUGCCAAGCUUGGCAUACAUAUCCACCAGCGUGUUCUGGACGAAAAUGUUGUCGCAGCAGCUGCUUGUCACUCGACAAGAUGAGCAGCUGCAGCGUGGUUUUCUGGACUGCUCUGAUGCAAGGAUACGUUGAUAACGGGAAGAGCGAAGUCGCACUGAAACUGUUCGAAGGCAUGGCCGAAGAAGCUGAAGCUCCUCCGGCUGCUAGAACUUUCGUCACUGCAAUCACAGCCUGCACUGCUUUGGCAGCCGAGCAGAAAUGCUUGAAUCACUGGUUAGAGAAAGGCAAGAGGAUUCAUCUUCAAGCAGUGAGGAACAGAUGCUGGGACGUUUACGUGGAGACUGUAGUGGUGAAUCUCCUCGCCAAGUGUGGCAGUAUGGCGGAAGCUCAAGAAGUUUUUGACAAGAUGGUGAAGCGGAACGUUGUUUCAUGGACGUGCUUGAUACAGGGAUAUGUCGACAAUGGGAAGAACAAACGAGCUCUGGAGGUGGUGUGUGAGAUGGAUCUGAACGGGGUGACAAUGAACUCUGCGACAUUUGUAGCUGCACUCACGGCCUGCGGAAGUUUGAUGGCUGCUGGUGAAAGAAAAGCGGAGCAAGAACAAUGGAUUUCACUUUAA